AUGGAUUCCAGCUUCCCUCCCGCGGCUCCAACCUUUGGUAUCACCCCUGCUGCUUUGCCCCCACCUGGCCAACCUGAUAUUUCCUACCACCCAGAUUGGGAGAAAUACCAAGCGCGUGUAGCUCGCCGGACCCAGACAGAGGAUCUCACUAAAUCUCUGCCAGAGCGCUUCCCCAAGGAGCUCAAGGGAGACCUCGUUUGGGACGGAGAGACUCUUGCCCAAAAGUAUGACUGGACGUACGUUCUUUCGGCUGAUCAACUAGAGGAGAUUGACAAGGCCCUUGCACACUUUAAAUCGCUCAACAUUUCCAAGGGCUAUAUCACACAAGAGACCUUCCCACUCCCCACGCUCCAUGACGAGUUGCGCCGUCUAUCUCGUGAGCUGCACUUCGGCCACGGCUUCUUCGUCCUGAGAGGUCUAGACGUUGAUCGCUACACCCGCGAGGAGAAUAUCAUUAUAUACGCAGGAGUGUCCUCCCAUAUCGGCUCCAUAAGGGGACGCCAGGAUGCUUACUUCCAGGGCGAGCGGGCUGAUGUCGUUAUCGGGCAUAUCAAGGACGUUCGACCUGGUCUUGGCGAGUCUAGAGACAAGAGUAAGAUCAAGAUUGGAACGCCUGCCUACACUGCCGAC